UAUCUGCCAUUCCAUGAGUUUGCCGGUGAGAUUUUGUUCAAUGGGCGUUUAAUCUAUGUAAAUGAGUGUAACAGUGCUGACCCCCUCGGAACCUGACAGACACUUUCGUUUCCCAUGUUUUGGUAGCCGGCUAACGAAUGUCCAGGAUUAGCCGAGAUCGGAGGACAGUUAGCGUGCUGCUCCCGUCAAGGCCCCAGUAACGUUAGCCUUCUAGUGAAAACGCGACUUGUAACAUCCACACCGGUGAAAAUUUCACACACACAACAUGGCGGACCCCGGUGAAGGAGGGGGCUCGGAGCAGGAUGAUAUCUCUUUUCUUCGGACGGAUGAUACAGUCUGUCUCAGCUGUGUGACGUCCUCGCGGGAGAGUAGUACAACAGAGCGAGUAUGUCUUGCAGCAGAAGGCUUCGGAAACCGCACUUGUUUCCUCGAAAAUGUAUCCAGCAAGGACACCCCACCAGACAUAUCGGUAUGUGCGUUUGUACUGGAGCAAGCUCUUUCGGUCAGGGCUCUGCAGGAAAUGGUUGGACAAUCAUCCCAGGAUUCCACAACAGCACAAUCUGGCCACAGGACACUGCUAUAUGGCCAUGCUGUGCUACUAAGGCAUCUCCAUAGCAACAUGUAUCUGUCCUGCCUGUCAACCAGCUCAUCAAACGACAAGCUCGCCUUUGAUGUCGGCCUACAGGAAACGGCACAAGGUGAGUCUUGUUGGUGGACCAUCCAUCCGGCUUCCAAACAGAGGUCAGAAGGUGAAAAGGUCAGAGUAGGAGAUGACCUUAUUCUUGUCAGUGUGUCAUCAGAGAGGUAUUUGCAUAUCUACGGAGGCUCAAUGGUGAUUGCAUCUUUCCAACAGACAUUAUGGACUGUGGUGCCCAUGAGUUCAGGAGCAAUCAGUCAGAAAUCUCUAGGUAACACACUUGGAGGAGAUGUUAUACGACUGUUUCAUGGUCAUAUGGACGAAUGUUUAACGAUACCGGAGGCAGGAAGUGAAAACGAAUUUACGGCGGUCAUGUAUGAAACUGGAGCUGUAUGCGCCCAUGCAAGAUCACUCUGGAGGAUAGAACUUAUACGAACAAAGUGGGCUGGCGGAUUUAUGGGAUGGGGACAGCAGUGUAGACUACGUCACGUGACAUCAGGCAGAUAUUUGGCGGUAACCACCGACAACAAUGUCAUCACCGUCCAUAGACACAAAGCAGAUGAGAGGAGCAUUUCAUUUGUGUUGAUGGCAUCAAAGGAUGAGAAGAAACAAGCAGAAGGUCGUGAGGAUGAAGGCAUGGGGAAGGCGGACAUCAAAUAUGGUGACUCAAUGGUUUUCAUUCAGCACAGUGAUACAGGAAAGUGGCUCUCCUACCAGACAUUUGAGACCAAGAAACGGGGACUUGGCAGGAUUGAGGAGAAAAAGGCUGUGAUGCUGGUUGAAGGUCACAUGGAUGAUGGAUUCUCAUUGAGCCGUGCCCAGGAGGAGGAAUCCAGAUCAGCCAGGGUCAUCCGCAAAUGUCAAUCACUUUUCACAAAGUUCAUCAAAGCGCUGGACUGCCUAAAGACGGAAGGCAAGUCUAGUGUAACCUGGUCUCGAGUUAGCCUUUCAGAAGUACUCAAGUGCCUUGAAGAUCUUAUCGACUACUUUGCUCAGCCCGGGGAUGAAGAAGAACAUGAAGAAAAACAAAACAAACUACGAGCUUUAAGAAACAGACAAGAUCUUUUCCAAGAGGAGGGUAUGAUAGCCCUAAUCCUGGAGACAAUAGACAAGUUUAGUCAGUACAAAAGUCGACGUCAUUUCGCUCACUAUGCAGGGGAGGAAGCUUCCAACAAAUAUGAGGACAUCUCCAGUUAUCUCUACUUACUACUGGCGGCCAUGAUCCGUGGUAACCGUGCCAACUGUGCCCAGUUUGCCCAGUCUUAUCGUCUUGAUUGGUUGGUUGACAGACUGGAGAGUCAGCAGUCCUCAAAAGGUGUGUUAGAGGUACUACACUGUGUCCUCAUAGACAGUCCUGAGGCGCUGAACAUGAUCAAGGAGAAGCAUAUCAACACCAUCAUAUCCCUCAUAGACCGCCACGGCCGGGAUCCCAAGGUGCUGGAUGUGCUUUGCUCAUUGUGUGUUGGUAAUGGAGUAGCUGUGAGAACCAACCAAAACCUCAUCUGUGAUAACUUGUUACCUGGCUGUGACUUACUUCUACAAACCAAACUCAUCGACCACCUCAGCAGUAUGAAGCCUAACCUGUAUGUGGGUAUCAAGGAUGGCUCGUCCAUGUACAAGAGGUGGUACUAUGAGGUGAUAGUCGACCGCCUGGAGGAGGUCUCACACCUUUCACCUGUACUCAAGGUGGGGUGGGCCAACACCCACGGUUUCGUUCCCCACCCAGGGGGUGGUGAGAAAUGGGGAGCCAAUGGCAUCGGAGAUAACCUGUACUCUUAUGCCUUUGAUGGACAAAGUCUCUGGACAGGUGGACGCCCAAAGCAAGUGAAAGACCAAUGCAUUUUCAAACAAGGUGAUGUGGUCGGCUGCAGCCUUGACCUUGCUGUGCCUCAGAUAACGUUCUCUGUCAAUGGAAUCAAGGUCCCAGGAGUGUUUAAAGACUUCAACAUUGAUGGUCUUUUUCACCCAGUCUUAUCCAUGUCUGCCAGCACCGGUUGUCGGUUUUUACUGGGUGGUGAACAUGGACGCCUGAAAUAUGGUCCACCUGACAAUCACUCCGCAAUAUUGGAGUGCCUCCUCCCCAAAGAAAAGGUCAAGGUUGAACCAUGCUUCGCGUUUGGGAAUGUCGACCGUAACAUCAUCUCUGGUCCUACCGAGAUCUGUGAAUAUAUACCAUUUGUGCCAAACCCUGUGGAUACUUCCAAUAUUCAGCUUCCCGUGUAUAUAGAAAACGUGAGGGACAAGCUGGCAGAGAACUUACACGAGAUCUGGGCCAUGAACAAAAUAGAGCAAGGCUGGUCCUAUGGAGAGGUGAGAGAUGACCAUCAGAAGAUGAAUCCGUCCUUAACAAACUUUGAGAGGCUUCCAAUGUCGGAGAAGAAAUAUGUGAUCACUGUGGCAUUUGAGACUCUUCGUACACUACUGGCUCUAGGCUACCACAUCAGUAUGGACCUGAAGAAGGAACAGAACAAUAGGAUGAAGACAGUCAAACUACCCAACAACUUUCUACAAUCGAACGGCUACAAGCCAACACCCCUUGACCUAGCGGCCGUAGACAUGGACCCCACGAUGGAGAACCUGGUGGACAUGUUAGCAGAGAACACACACAAUGUCUGGGCUAAGGACCGAAUCAAACAUGGCUGGACAUUCGGUUGGCAAGAGGACCCACAUACCAAGAGGAACCCACAUCUGGUGCCGUACAGCAAAGUAGAUGACAACAUCAAAAAGGCAAACAGGGAGACAGCCAAUCAGACAGUGCGUACCUUGCUGGCCUACAUGUACAGUUUAGAACCUCCGACCAGUGAGACCGGCGAGACGGGUAUGACAGGGAGUAAACUAUACAAUCACAUGGCCUGUUACGGACACCGGAAAGCUGUGAGUCAGGACACACCCAGCAAGCAGGUGACUACAAGAACAUAUCGAGGGGAACUGACCUACACCGUCACAACAGGCAAAUGGUACUACGAGUUUGAGGUGGUUACUCCAGGCUUUAUGAAGUGUGGAUGGGCCAAAGCUUCAUCAGACUCCAGCUCAGAAAUCGGAGUAGACUGCAUGUCUUAUGCAUUUGAUGGAUUUUCAGGCUGUAAAUGGUACCAGGGAGCAGAGCAGUAUGGCAAAAACUGGGCCACAGGAGACGUGAUCGGCUGUAUGUUAGAUCUACAGGAUAGAACCAUCACAUUCUCGUUGAAUGGAGAGUUGAUGAUGGAUUCUUUGGGCCAGGAGAUCGCCUUCAGAGGCAUUGAUUGUGAUGAGGGAUACAUCCCGGCUUUCACUCUCGGCUGCCAUCAGAAAGCCAAACUCAAUUUUGGACAGGAUGUGAACACGUUGAAGUACUUUACCUGCUGUGGUCUACAGGAGGGCUAUGAACCUUUCUGUGUGAACAUGACAAGAAGGAUGACUCUUUGGUAUGGGAAGGAACAAGCUCUAUUUGAGUCUGUUACUUCCUCCCACCCCAGUGUACAGGUCCAGAGGAUUCCAGGAGGUGCCAAUGUGACGCCAUGUCUGAAGGUAAUGUCUAAGACAUUUGGUGGAUUGGAGAAGGUACACCUGGAGUAUCUACGGCUGAGUCUACCUGUUAAAUGCCAUGACCAGUUUGUCUCAAGGGACCGAUCCAGUGGCUACCCAUCAUCGUAUGAGAGGAGGAUGAACCUAGAGAACAUCCGGCACCACGAGAUGGACAUUGAGGAGGAGCACCAUGAUGACUACUACCCCGGGGAGGAGUCUAGUGACGCUAACAUCAGCGAGGGCUCCCUGGAGCGACGCAGCAGACUCAUAGCAGAGGGUAAGCAGAGGGUAGGUGAUAUUAGUCCCACCAGCAGUGCCGGGGUAGACCUUCCAGGGUCAGCCAUCGUCAAUGGCAACGCCAGCGAUACCACACCCAUGGAAGAAAAAUCUCUCAGUCCAACUGGGUCCCAGUCUCAGACUACCACGUCUCACGAGGAUGAUGAUGACUAUACUCCGAGAGGGAUGCUGAAUGGUGGUCCGGACAUCAGACUCCGCAAGACUCUACAGAGAGGAUACGAUGAUGACAUGCGCACUGGUAACCGUCGCAAAAACUUCUCCAAACAAGAAGGCAGAGGACGCUCUUUAGAUGAAGCUCAUCCUGAUGAUCGGGCCUCCACUGGGCUCAAAACUGCCAUUAGUGAGUCUCACCUCAAUGGGGACCAGAGCAGUGGUCUACUUGUUCCAGAUGAAAAGAAGUCAUCCUCUAAAUUGUCUCUGCUGGGUGACAAGCUCAUAGACACUGCCAAACAGCUAAGUGAAAAGAAAGCCAAAAAGUCCAAGUCACCAUUUGGAGCAUUCUUGAAGAAAGCACGUGACAUUUCCCCUCAGGGCUCUAAACGUACUCGAAGUGUGGAGUAUGGCAGCCUUGACAGGAAGCAGAUGCCGGGUUAUCAGAUGCAGAAGGAAAAGAAACCAAGUCCUCAACCACGAUCACAAACUCUACCACCUUCAAAGACCAUCGAUUCUAUGACAACAGACGGAGAAACACCCACUUCUCAGGGACCGGUCAUAAACAUUGAGGCUCCUCGAGGGAUCAUUCCUUAUGAGUUCCAAGAUGCAAUGGGUAAACGUCACAUGUUUGGACGAGACUUUACAGGAAGUGAAGGCUCCGACCCAGAUAACUCUGAGGGUGACCUUCAGGAGCUGAUGGCUAUUGCUGACUCAGUAGAGGAGUACAACUUCUCUGUGAGGAUUUUCCCUGGCCAAGACCCAGCACAGGUGUUCAUUGGUUGGGUCACCCCAGGCUUUCACUUCAAUGAGCCAAACUUUGAUAUGAAAAAGACCCGCCAUGUUGUCUUGUCUGUUCUUGACAACAACUAUGCCAUAAAACAGAGUGUGAGCCGAAAGAACACCUACAUGGUAUCUGCCGGUGACCUCCAGCAGAGAUAUGGAGGGACCAAUCAGGAGAUGUCUUCCAAACGAUCCUCACCUGGACUUGUCAUCGGCUGCUACAUCGACAUAUCCACUGGUGUCCUUAGCUUCUCAGUCAAUGGAAAAGAGGUUGCCAACAAAUACCAGGUGGAGCCAGGCACCAAGUUGUUUCCAGCUGUGAUCUGUGAGCCAACCAUCAAGGAGAUGCUUCAGUUUGAACUUGGCCACACAAAACACACACUGCCCCUGUCAGCGGCUGUGUUCCGUGGCCGCAAGCAGGUGGUGCCAGCCUGCCCUUCUCGCCUAGAUGUCCAAGUACUGCGACCAAGUACCUGGGCACGUGUGCCUCAGAGGCUACUGGACAUCCACACACUGCGAAUGUCAACUCGUGGCUACAGCAUGCUGUGUAGUAAUGCGGAGAACAUGAUGUCUCUGUAUAUACCAGAGGAAGAUCGUUGUCUAGACAUACUGGAGCUCAUAGAGCAUAAGACUUUACUAGACUUUCAUGCCAAAACAUUGGAGCUAUACAACAGUGUAUGUUCCCAUGGUAACCACAGAGUAGCCAAUGUACUCCAGCAACAUGUCAACGAAAAACAGCUUAUGUACUGUAUACAGAGUGAAAGUUUAUCUGGUCCACUAAGAAAUGGCUAUCAUAACUUGUUGAUCGCCAUGCACUUGGAAUCACACGCCCAGUCCAGACUAAGAACGACCAAUGAGUUCAUCGUCCCACUAUCUGCAGACAGUCCUAAGUUGAGUCUUUACCGCGCUGCCAGUACAGAGACACAGCUACAUCAGACCAAACACACCAUUCCUAGCAUGGAUAACAGUGUAUCUAUCCGACCACAACUCGCCAUCUCGGAAAAGGACAUCGAAGGAAGGGUAAAGGGUGGAGGCAAGGACUGCACAGCUCCUUACUUCCCCAUGGAAAAACUCAAGUUCUUCGUGAUGAGGGCAGUCAAAGAUGCAGUACAAAAUGGCGGUGCUCAUGUCAGGGAUCCUAUUGGUGGUAGUAACGCUAACCUUUACAGCCCACUACUGAAGGUGAUCGAUCGUCUGCUUCUCAUGGGCUCCCUCAACGAUGAUGACCUCCUGGAACUAUUACAGCUGGUCAACCCUAAGGCCUUCCCAGAUAUACAAACUGAUAUCCCAGGAUUGCUGGAAAUGAAACUUGACGAACCUGUGAAAUUAGAGAUGUGUAGAAUACUCCAGCACCUGUGCAACCUUCAGCUGAGACACAGAGUAGAGUCCAUCGUUUCCUUCUCCAACGAGUUUGUAGGGGACUGUCAAAACGAUCAGCUGAGGCGCUACCAGGAAAUCAAACAGUCCAAUCUGUCGUCUGCUGUAACAGCCAGGAUCACAAAAGAGUUCCGAUGUCCACCCCAUGAACAGAUGAGGAACUUACUAGCCUUUAAGACUGAGGAAGAUGCUGAUCCCAACAUGCCAUGCCCUUGCCGAGAAGACCUGAAGGACAUACUGUUGACAUUCCACAGCAACUUGCUCCAACACUGCUCCAUGCCCAGUAAGCCUGAAGAUGAUGCAGAAAGUGAGGAGUUGGCCAUAGAAGAAAAAGAGGCACCACCGUCCUCUUCUGUAGGAGAAAAACUCCUUAAAUUGGUAUGGAAGUCAAAGGAGGAAGAGCAGAAGCCUGAAGUGUCCAAGCCUAAAGAUGGUAAGAUAGACAGUCUUCAGAAGUUGAUACAGAAUACCAUGAUUUCCUGGGCUGAGGAAUCCUUCAUGACGAACCAGGACCUGGUCAGGGAAAUGUUUGGUUUGCUUCACCGCCAGUAUGAUGGAAUCGGAGAGUUGAGGAUGGCCAUGGAGAAGGCCUAUGUCAUCAGUAGCGGGAGUAAGGACGAUAUUGACCAGUUACUACACUCACUGGGUAACAUCCGAGCCCUCCUCUUGGUGCAGGCUGGUCCUGAUGAAGAGGAGCUGAUGAAAAACAGCCUCAAAGACCUGAUGGACAACAAGGUGUUUUUCCAGCACCCUGACCUGAUGCGAGCUCUUUGUGUCCACGAAACAGUUAUGCAGUUGAUGGUGAACACUCUCAACAAGGCCCAACAGCAACAGCAAUCUGCCACUAGUGGUGUGGCUGAACUAACUACAACCCAAGGCCGACGGUCAUCCUUCAUCCCAGCUGGGACCAUGGACAGUCUGGCCGAACAUACCAAGGAUGCUGCAGCUGAGAUGGUGGUCAUGUGCUGUCGAUUCCUCUGCUAUUUCUGUCGUACCAGUCGCCAGAACCAGCGUGCCAUGUUUGAACAUCUCAGUUACUUGUUAGAGAACAGUAGCAUGCUUUUGGCUCGACCUUCACUUAGAGGGUCCUGUCCCCUGGAUGUAGCAUACUCCUCUCUGAUGGACAACAAUGAGUUGGCACUCGCCCUGAGAGAGGCACAUCUUGAAAAGGUUGCUGUCUACUUGUCGCGCUGUGGGCUGCAGUCCAAUGCGGAACUCCUGGAGAAAAACUACCCUGAUAUUGGUUGGGACCCAGUCGAGGGAGAACGGUUCAUUGACUUCCUCCGAUUCUGUGUCUGGGUCAAUGGUGAGAGUGUUGAGGAGAACUCUAACCUAGUAGUGCGUCUGUUGAUUCGUCGCCCAGAGUGUCUUGGCCCCGCUCUGAAAGGUGAGGGAGGGGGUCUUCUCAAGGCCAUGAAAGAUGGCAUCAGGAUGUCUGAACAGAUCACAGCUGCUCGCGAUGGCUUUUCUGCUGGAUUCCUAUCUGCCAUGAAUGAUGAUGAUGACUCUGGUGGACGAUAUCUAUUCCAAACGAAAUAUAACUUCACCCAGUUGCCCCCUGAGGAUGACGAGGACUACAUUGAUAUGGGAGGAGCCAUCCUCAACUUCUAUGCAGGACUUGUGGACUUAUUGGGACGUUGUGCCCCAGAUGCAGAGACAAUCAAAUCAGGUCGUAGUGACUCAAUCCGAGCAAGAGCCAUCCUUCGCAGUUUGGUGUCCAUGCAGGACCUGGAGGGUGUUCUUGGUCUCAAGUUCAUCUUGCCUGUCAACCAGGGCACAGCACCUGGUGAUGACAGUGAGAGUCAGGGUGCUGGAGCCACUGCCAUGGACUUACCUCCAGGCCUCUCCCCCGCACACAAAGCCUCCGUCAUGUUGUUCCUUGAGAGGGUCUAUGGUAUCGAGGAUCAGGCCACAUUCUUCAGGAUACUGGAGGAUGGUAUCCUACCCGACUUACGUGCCGCGACAACGUUGGAUACUGCCACCGGAUCAGACAGUGACACUGCCCUGGCCCUGAACCGGUAUAUUGGCAGCUCCAUCCUGCCACUUCUCACCAACUACAGCCACUUUUUCGGAGAUGCUGACCAUGCCUCCACACUUCUCGACUCCACCCUCAACACAGUGUAUCGUCUGUCCAAGUGUCGCUCACUUACCAAGGGCCAGAUGGAGGCUGUGUCCGACUUCCUCGUCGCAUUCACCAACCAACUUCGUCCCCCAACCAUGACUAGACUGCUGAGGAAGUUGGCCUGUGAUGUACCAGCUCUGUCUGAGAACACAAUUGUACCCCUGAGGGUGCUGACCUCUUACUAUGAGAGAUGUGGUCGCUACUACAGUUUCGGAGGCUGGGGGUCUUACGGAUCUGCUACAGAGGAGGAGAAGAGGCUCACCAUGAUGCUUUUCAAUGGAAUUUUCGAUGCUUUGGGUCACAGAGCCUAUGACCCAGAACUGUUUUCGAAAGCCCUACCCUGCUUGUCUGCCAUUGGCUGUGCUCUGUCACCUGAUUACUCACUGACAAAACAGGACGACAGCUGGCUGCGACAGGCAAACAUGGAUGCUGAGGGCACUUACAACCCCACCCCUGUCAACACAUACAGGGUUCAUCUUACACAGUCCCUGGAAUCAGCCAUUGCUAAAUUUGCUGAACAUUUCCAUGACAACUGGGCUUUGAAGAAGAUUGACAGUGGGUGGUUGUUUGGAACAAAUUAUGACGACGACAGGAAAACACACUACAUGCUCAAACCAUACCACCUGCUGGACGAAAAUGACAAGAUGAAGUAUGAGGAGCCUGUGAGGGAGGGGGUUAAAGCCAUGCUGGCCUGGGGCUGGACCCUCUCUCAGGACCAGAGCAGGCUGGCCGCUAACAGGGAGAGCAUGAAACGUCGCAUGUCCAAGGAUGGGCAUGACCAUGGUUACAGCCCACGACCUUAUGACCUCAGGAACAUGACGAUCACUAGGGAAAUGCAGACACUUGCUGAGAGAUUGGCAGAAAACUCCCAUGACAUGUGGGCUAAGAAGAAGAAAGAGGAAUUGGAAGAAAUGGGUGGAGGUGUCCACCCCCAGCUGGUGCCGUACGACACCCUCACAGACAAAGAGAAGAAGAAGGACCGCGACCACUCUCAUGAACUCCUCAAGUUCCUUCAGUUCCUGGGAUUCAGGAUACACAGUGACACAGUAACAACGAUGCCAAGCCAGAAAAAAUCGUCUUCCAGGCCGAGCAAGGACUCCGAAGCAGACAGUGGGGUCGGCGUUUCAGCAACAGAAAAGCGUUUUGCAUACAGCCUGCUGGAAAAACUACUCCAAUACUUCGAUGAUGCAGCAAUCCACAUGACUCAGAACAGACCCAGUAGUCGCUUCUCCCGUCGUGAGAGCUACAGCAUAGCCACAGAGGACGUCAAGUUCUUUGGAAAGGUGGUGCUGCCUUUUGUGGAGAAGUAUUUCGCUGCCCACCGCGAGUAUUUUGUAGGCAAGCCAAACUCACCUACCUGCAGUGGUUCAGCCUCGGUGAAGGAGAAGGAAAUGACCGCCAGCCUGUUCUGUAAGUUAGCCCAGACACUCAGGGCAAGGAUCCAGGCAUUCGGACACGAUGUGAACAUCUCCGUGCGUUGCCUACAGGUGCUCAUCCAGGCUGUGGAUGCCAGGUCUGUCAUGAAGAACAGUCCAGAAAUGGUGCGAUCUUCAUUGUUACCAUUCUUCAACAAUACAGCAGACGACCUUGCCCAGGUGGUGGACAAUCUCAAACGAGGUCGUUUCAGCCAUAUCAAGGGCACCAUUCUGAAGGGCGCCACUAGUCUCGACUUCGUCCACAUGGUUGUCCUCCCGGUCCUGUCAUCACUGUUUGAUCACCUAGGACGCAGUCACUUUGGAGCUGAUGUCAUUGUGGGAGAUAUUCAGUUGUGUUGCUACAGGAUUCUCAACUCCCUCUACUCGCUGGGAACUAGCAGCUCGGAGAUCGUGCAGAGGGAAUCAGUCUUAUCGGAGUUGUCCAGACACCGACCAGCCCUGGGAGAAUGCCUGGGAUCCUUCGCUGCCUGCUUCCCUGUCGCAUUCCUUGAACCCGACCUCAAUAAGUACAACAAGAACUCCAUAUUGUACGGACUGGAGGGCAAGAUAUCGGAACACUCACUCGAGGCUCAAGAGGUGAUGGACCAACUCAAUGAGAACCUACCUGUACUAGACAAGAUCAUCUUGGAGAUCGAGGAGUUGGCCCAGUCAGGUGGAAAAUACCAGGAGGCCCCACAUGUCAUAGAGGUCACUCUACCCAUGCUCUGCAGUUACUUACCUUUCUGGCUGGUUGAGAGGCAAAGAUCCAUCGAUUCAUUGACACAGGUUACCACGGUAACUGGAGAGUUGAUGAACAAUGUCCUUGGUAAUGUGCUCAAACUCAUCAGGAACAAUGUGGGCAGUGCUGACGCUCCCUGGAUGAACCGGAUAGCAACCCGAACUCAGCCUAUCAUUGUCAACUCUACUCCGGACAUGAUUAAGGAACACUUCUUGCCUAUCGCCAUGAAGCUAAGGGAAGGUAACUCUGGUGUAGAGCACCUGGAAAAGCGCCUGUUGGCAAGUAAACAUAGCACUACAGAUGUAGCUGACCUGGAACAGGAAACACAGGAGGCAUUUGGAAUCCUGGUGAGAGACAUCUAUGCAUUCUAUCCACUGUUGAUUAAGUAUGUGGACCUGCACAGGUCACAGUGGCUCAAGAACCCGUCCGGGGAGGCUGAAGAGCUCUUCACAUGUGUCGCUGUCAUGUUCGGUCUCUGGUCUAGAUCCAUUCUGUUUAAGCGUGAGGAGCAGAACUUUGUGAUGGCUAAUGAAAUCGACAACAUGGCCUUGAUCAUGCCUAGUCAGACUAAAGCUACAUCAGCAAACAACCCGGAGUCGGCCACUACCAGUAAACGCCAGGGCCGUAAACGUGAGAAAAAGAGGAUGGAACUUCACAACAGUCUCAAUGUGGCAUGCCUCAAGCGACUCCUGCCCAUUGGUCUAAGUUUCUUCAGUGGACGAGAACAAGAAUUACUGCAGCAUGCCAAACAGAAGUUGAUCGAGGACACCGAUCGUGAGGAAAUCAUAUCAGGGAAAGAUACAGAGGCGGAUAUUGAGGAAUACUUGAUCGAAAGUCUGGCAGCUGAUGAAGGCCCUGCAGACGACAAGGUAAAAUGGCAGAAAGUGCUGUACCGCAAGAUAGGCGGCAAUCAUGGAGGGGAGAUCAACCAAAGACAGGCCAUCGAUAGGAUCCUCUCCAUGGCCAAGGUCAUGCAUGGCCUUCACAUGGUUGAACAUCCUUCACCUUCACACAAAAAUGCAUGGAAGAAGGUGAUCUCCAGUCAGAGGAAAAGGGCUGUAAUGGCUUGCUUCAGAAUGGUACCGCUCCACAACCUUCCAAGACAUAGAGCCAUCAACUUGUUUAUGAAGUCAUACAAGAAACAAUGGCUGGAUAUGGAAGAGAGUGAGAAAAAGGUCCUCAUCGAGGAUCUCACGAAAUCAGAUGAUGCCGAAGAAGAUGCUGAGAAGAAGGAGACUGAUGAGGAGGAGAAACCUGAUUCCCUAAAACAGCUGAUGACCUGUCUCAGUCGUGCAGCAACCAAAGAACAGCAAGGCAGUCUCCCAGAGGAUGAACUCUACAUGGCUUACUCCAAAAUCAUGGCUCAGAGUUGCCACUGUGAGGAUGAAGAUGAUGAUGAUGAUGGUGGUGAGGCUGAGGGACCUGGAUCAUCAUUCCAGGAACAAGAAAUGGAGAAACAGCAGUUGUUGUUCGAGCAGUCACGGUUGGCUGAUCGUGGGUCAGCGGAAAUGAUGCUUCUCUACAUCAGUGCUAGUCGAGGUGUGUUCAGUCCAAUGGUGGUGGACACAAUUGAGCUUGGCAUCUCCCUACUUGGAGGAGGUAACGUCGAAGUACAGAAGAAAAUGCUGAACCACCUAAAGGAUAAGAAAGACGUUGGAUUUUUCACCUCUAUAGCUGGUCUGAUGCAGCAGUGUGGUGUCCUUAACCUUGAUGCCUUCGAGAGAACCAACAAAGCGGAGGGCCUAGGUGUGAGUUCUGAUGCAGGAGCCGGAGAGAAAAAUCUCCAUGAUGCUGAGAUAACCAUCAAACUUUUCCGCUUCCUCCAACUACUUUGUGAGGGUCACAACCUAGAGUUCCAGAACUACCUGCGGACACAGGCCGGUAACAACACCACAGUCAAUGUGGUCAUCUGUACAGUGGACUACCUGCUGCGUCUCCAGGAGUCAAUAAUGGACUUCUACUGGCACUACUCAGGCAAGGAUCUCAUCGACCAGGCCGGCAAAGAGAACUUCGUACGUGCCAUCAAGGUCGCCAAGCAGAUGUUCAGGUCGCUGACUGAGUACAUACAGGGUCCCUGUUCUCAGAACCAGCUUGCCCUGGCCCACAGUCGACUGUGGGAUGCCGUCGGAGGAUUCCUGUACAUCUUUGCUCAUAUGCAGGACAAAUUAUCAAAGGAUCCAUCACAACUAGAGUUACUGAGGGAGUUCAUGAGGCUCCAGAAAGACAUGAUGAUCAUGCUGCUGUCCAUGCUGGAAGGCAAUGUGAUGAAUGGAGCGAUCGGUAAACAGAUGGUGGACACAUUGGUGGAGUCUUCAGGGAACGUAGAGAUGAUUCUGAAGUUCUUCGACAUUUUCUUGAAGAUGAAAGACCUGACGUCUUCAGAAGCCUUCCUGGAAUUUGAUGCUAACAAAGAUGGUUGGAUCUCACCUAAAGAGUUCCGCAAAGCUAUGGAGUCUAUGAAAGUCUACUCGGAAGAGGAGAUCGAAUACAUCAUGAUGUGCGUAGAUGCAAACCAGGACGGCAAGGUAGACUUCAACGAGUUCACAGACCGCUUCCACAAUCCUGCCAAAGACAUCGGCUUCACCAUGGCCGUGCUGCUCACCAACCUGUCAGAGCACAUGCCCAACGACCCACGUCUGGAGCGCUUCCUGGAGAAGGCUCGUAGUGUACUGGAUUACUUCGAGCCAUUCCUUGGGAGGAUUGAGAUCAUGGGUAGUGCCAACAGGAUUGAGCGUGUCUACUUUGAGAUCACACAAUCACACAUUGACCAAUGGGAGAAACCACAAAUCAAGGAGUCCAAGCGUUCCUUCCUCCAUAGCGUGGUCAAUGAUGGAGGCGACAAGGAGAAGCUGGAGAGCUUCGUCAACUUCUGUGAGGACACCAUCUUUGAGAUGCAACAUGCCACAAGCAUCAGUGCUGAAGAGCAAAGGAUUGCUUCCCUUAGAAGUGGGGUGGGAGCUGAGGGAGGAGGUGGAGGGAUGCUGGAGCCGUUGAAGAUGGGAUACAGAUUCCUGAUGGAUGGGCUGUUUACAAUGCUAUCCUUCUUCACCUGGACGAAUCUCAAGUCAGGCUACAAGAUGUACAGGAGUAUGUCCUACUGGCAACUGUUCAAGGCUCUCAUCAAACUCAACUUCAAAAUCUUCUUCACGCUCCUUACAUUCCUCUUCCAUGUAUUCUGGACGUUACUGAAGUUUGUUGCUAACAUGAUGAUGGGUGAGAAGAGUGUAGAACCGACAGCGCCCCAGGGUCCAAAGAUACUGGCCCUACCUGCCCCGGAGCCAAAGGAACCGCCUAAAACACCCAUCAUUGUACCACCAGUCGAGAUAGAAACAGCUGAACCUGUUAGAGCAUUCGGCGUAGCAAUCUCAACGGAAGAUGGUGAAUCCACAAUUCAGUUGGACUCUGACGCCACAACUCAACCCAGUGCGGACGCCACAACAGAAGGACCUGUUUCAGGAGCUCCACAUGAGGAUCCAGUUACCACAACAAAGGAUGCACAAGCCACUGAUCAACAGUCCUUCCUAACUGCAGAGAUGGCCAAGGCUGCCUAUGGUAGUACAACGCCUCCACCAGCUGACGAAGAUGAUAUCCCCUAUGAAACCAAAGGAUUUGACUACGGAAAAUAUGUGCUGUACAUUAUGAGCUUGUUUGCAAGGAACUUCUACAACUUCAAAUAUAUUGCCCUUGCACUGGCUUUUGGUAUCAAUGUCAUGCUACUCUCCUACAAGGUACACCAAGUUCAUCACGAGGCUGUAGGUGACCUAGAAGAAGCGGUGAACGGUACAGAGGCAGAGGAUGAUGAUGAUGAGUACAUAUCCAUGGAAGGUGAAGUGAACUGGAGAGAACCCUUGAUGUUAGGUCUGGCCUUGUUCCAUACACUCACAGCCUUCUCAAUGCUCAUAGCCUACUACUGUCUCAAAGUACCUCUAGUCAUCUUCAAACGUGAGAAGGAUAUCGCUCGUAAUCUGGAGUUUGAGGGGAUGUGGAUUGCUGAACAGCCAGGUGAAGAAGACAUCAAAGGACGAUGGGACAAACUGGUUCUCAGUACCUGUUCCUUCCCCGAGAGCUACUGGGACAAGUUCGUCAAGAAAAAGGUGCGCGCCCGCUAUGCUGACCAGUACGACUACGAAGCCAUAAGUAACCUCUUGGGAAUGGAUAAGGGUGACUCCAUCAAAAUUGGCGAACAGCAAAGCUCCAGCAUCCUCCCAGCAUUUGUACGUAACCUUGACUGGCAGUACCAGUUCUGGAAGUGGGGCGUCAUCUUUACUGACAAUUCAUUCCUGUACUUACUGUGGUACUUCAUCUUCUCCGUCCUCGGCAACUUCAACAAUUUCUUCUUCGCUGCUCACUUGUUGGAUGUUGCUAUUGGUUUCAAAACAUUGAGAACAAUCUUGCAAUCUGUCACACACAAUGGAAAACAGCUUGUAUUGACUGUGAUGCUGACGAGUGUUAUUGUGUACAUCUAUACUGUGAUAGCCUUCAACUUCUUCCGUAAAUUCUACGUUAAGGAAGAGGAUGGUUCAGUAGACUACAAAUGUCAUGACAUGGCUACCUGCUUUGUGUACCAUCUCCACACAGGAGUGAGGGCAGGUGGUGGUAUAGGUGACGAGAUUGAGCCUGCUGACGGAGACGCCUAUGAAGUGUACAGGAUCCUGUUCGAUAUCACCUUCUUCUUCUUUGUCAUCGUCAUCCUGCUGGCCAUCAUCCAGGGUUUGAUCAUUGAUGCCUUCGGUGAGCUCAGAGACCAGCUAGAACAGGUCAAAGAAGAUAUGGAGUCCAAAUGCUUCAUCUGUGGUAUCGGGAAAGAAUACUUUGAUAAGAUACCGCACGGGUUCGAGACCCACGUCAAGAAUGAACACAAUUUCGCAAAUUACAUGUUCUUCUUGAUGCAUUUAAUCAACAAGCCUGAUACAGAAUAUACAGGACAGGAGUCCUAUGUGUGGGAGCUGUAUCAGCAAAGGUGCUGGGAUUUCUUCCCUGUUGGUGAUUGCUUCAGGAAGCAGUACGAGGACGAAGCCUCCACUUAAUACAAACCAAAGAGAGACUGAUGACAGUCCCUAUAACUCUCAGAGGGAGGCUGACAGUCCUGACCAUCAAGGUCAUAUAUGCAAAAUUAUGGCCUUCGAUGAUUUUAGUCAUUCUGUCCCAAACAGGAGAUGAAUUUAGCUGCUCAAAGUUUGGGGGAUAAAGGAAGUCCAUCCAGGGAAUUUCCCCAAGGAAUAAAGGUUCCCUAAUGAAGCCUUUCGUCGACCUUUCUCAAGGUGACUACCCUUAGAGCAAAGCUGUCUCUCCAUUAAUAUGGUGUCUAGCCUCAGAGCGAGGCUCCAUUGACAUGGUGCCCUGUUACGUACCCUACCCACACCUGGUGUGUACCCAAGCCAAUGUGAUAUUUCAGAUAUAUAUUCACAAGGAAAAAACAUUACCUUCAUGGCCCCAUGUUCCUUAUAUCCAUUAGUUUGAUGGAUUGAUCCAGUAAGACCCGUGUGGGUCAAAGGUUACCGGAAAAUUUGUACUUAACUGCUGGUCUGGUUCGAGUGACAAUCGUCAUUUGUGGAGUUAUCUGUAUGAAAGGUUGUUAACUUACAAGUAAAUAACUUUGCAUUUGUUAUCGAAAAAUCAGUAUUAUGCAAUAGUCCCAUGCUUUAUUUUGUGAUUGAUAAAUGUGAUGUAGAUUUGAAAGGUUAUUGAGUCAAAAAUGGCGGAUGAAUUCUGCAGCAGGAAAAGUUGCAAGUAUUUAUCAUGAUGAACAUUAACUGUCAAAUCCCGAUUGAUUUUGCAGUGUGAAUGGGGAAGUGUGCAAUGUUUUUUUUAAUAUACAUAAAUGUAAAUCAUGCUUUUAAAAGAAUGAGAUUUUACAAUUAUGACCCAAUUUCUAUUAAAACUUGCGUCAUUGUUUUACAAGUGUAGACUGACCUAGAGGUUUUGUUAUGGUCCCUUGUGGUUAGGUGGAUAUUUGUUUAUAUAAUUGUGUAUGGUUUUGUAUUAUUUAUUGUUUGUGAGACAGGGUUAUUUCUGUUUGAUAAGAAAUGGGUUUUCUGUAAAAUCUUGUAUUUGGCACCCCUUUGAUUAACUUUUAAAUUAUAAUUCAUGGUAUGAUGGAAAGUUUCAUUUCUUUAAAUUUAGGAAGUUUUGCCAGCCAGAAAUUUGGUAAUUUGUUUAGCCGAAAUUAUCUGAUUAUUCAUUUGAAAAUGAUAGUGUGGUAUAGCUGUUUGCUGUAAAUAUAAAGGUGUGUCCCCCCUCUAUAUACAAAUGUGUUAUAUAUUUUCUUGAUAGAUUGGGAUAUGUAUUUAAAACUUUUCAAACUUGAAAAUAUAUUAAGCUUGUUAAGUUAUUUGAUUGUGCAAUAGAAUAUAAUAUAUAGCAAACUUUUGAUUGUGCAUUUUAAGCGACAAAGUGAUUUAGUCUUCCAAUUGUUCAUCCCCAUAUUUUCUGGUUGUCCAGACCAUCAACAUAUCAUAUAUAGAGAACCCCAAAUAUUAUUGUUUACAAUGUUCACUGUUUACACACCUGACUAGUGCUGAGGAUGUUGGUACUGCGUAUCGUUGGUAGAUAGUGUGGUACCCAGCUCCAGCCUGAGGUGUGUGUUGGCCUCAUGUCUCAUUUUACCAAUGCAUAUAUUACGGGAAUGUUCUAUUUAUACCGAUCAAGAUCCUUCACAAUAUCUGUGCAUUUUUUUUUUUUUCACUUGUGGACAUUUUGAUGCUGUUGUUACCACAGAUCUAACAGCUGGUACCGUGACAAUGGUUACCCUAUUGAAUAAAACAUUUUUUUAUAAAACUUAAAA